AUGGACUCGGAUCUUGACGACGACUUUGACGACUAUCGUUACGGAAUCGACGAGGAAGACGAUUUUCCGGAAACUCGGCCGACAGUCAUCCUAAUGGGACACAAAAGGUGACUUUUCCGAUGACUUUGAGCACUUUAGAAAUCGAUUAAUUUUGCAGAAGCGGAAAAACGUCGAUCCGCAAGGUUGUGUUUCAAAAGAUGUCCCCGAAUGAGACGAUGUUCGUCGAGAGCACUGCCAGAAUCACCAAAGAUAGUGAGUGGAACGAUUCAUGUAUAACCUACUUUGCAGUUUGAAAUCUCUCGGUUUCCUGUCCAAAAACUUCCCUGUUUUCAGCGAUCUGCUCCUCGUUCAUCAAUUUCGAGACUAUCGAAUUCCCCGGUCAGAUGUGCCCUUUCGACGACUCGCUCGAUCCGGUCGGCGUGUUCCAGAAGUGCGAGGCUCUUCUGUUCAUCAUUGAUGCUCAGGCGGAGCUCCAGGAGCCCAUCGCCACUCUCGUCGAAUACUUCUGCCGUGCCUACAAGAUCAACCAGAAAAUCAAGUUCGAGGUGUUCGUGCACAAAGCCGACGGUCUGACCGAAGAGGCUCGUGUCGAGACAAAGUUUAACAUUUACCACCAGGUCAAGGAGACCAUCAAGGAUCAGAUCGACGCGGAUCUGCAAGUCACCUACCAUCUCACGUCAAUCUACGAUCACUCAAUCUUCGAGGCGUUUUCGAAAGUAGUUCAGAAUCUAGUCAAGCAACUUCCAACUCUGGAGCGUCUCCUCGAUGUGUUUAACAACGUUCGUCAUUUGUUGUCUUCAUCUCACUGGAAGAAUUUGCAGAGCUCUAAAGUGACCAAGUCGUUCCUGUUCGACAUUCUCUCGAAGAUCUACAUCGCCACCGACUCGGAGCCCGUUGAAAUGAACAUUUACGAAUUGUGCUGCGACAUGAUCGACGUCACUCUGGAUCUGUCUUCCAUUUACGGGUAAAUAUUAUUUUCACUAUUCAAAUGGUAAAAAAUGAAUUUCAGAGUAUCUGAACACGGGUCGAACUACGAUGAGCGCUCGUCGUCGAUGAUUCGUCUGAAGUCGGAGCAAGUCAUGUAUCUUCGCCAAGUGAACAAGCAUCUGGCUCUCGUGUUCAUCAUGAAGGAAGACGGAAACGAGAAAGCCGGAUUCAUCGAUCACAACUUUGGAGCCUUCAAGAAAGGAAUCGAGCAAGUCUUCAAAGUCAAGAACCGAGGAACAUUCUAA